GUCCCUUCAGAUCCUCCUGCUUCCAAAAAGCCCAAAAUAGAUGACUCUGCUUCCCAAUCUCCAGCUUCUACUGAGAAGGAAAAGCAAUCCAGUUGGUUACGGUCCUUAUCCAGUUCAUCUAAUAAGAGCAUUGGCUGUGUCCAUCCCCGUCAGCGUCUCUCAGCUUUCCGGCCCUGGUCCCCUGCUGUAUCAGCAAAUGAGAAAGAGCUCUCCACCCAUCUUCCUGCCUUGAUCCGAGACAGUUUUUACUCCUACAAAAGCUUUGAGAAUGCUGUGGCCCCCAAUGUGGCACUUGCACCUCCAGCCCAACAGAAAAUCGUCAGCAACCCGCCCUGUGCCACGGUCGUGUCACGAAGCAGUGAGCCACUGAGCAGCUCUGUGCAGCCACGGAAAAGAAAACUUGCUGCAGAGAACACAGCUGUCCCAGAAGCAGCAGCCACUGCUGCCCCCGCCGCUGAAGAGGAUAAGGAAUCGGAAGCAGAAAUUGAAGUAGAAACCAGGGAAGAAUUCACCUCCUCCUUAUCCUCGCUCUCCUCCCCAUCCUUUACUUCGUCCAGCUCUGCAAAGGACAUGAGCUCACCUGGGAUGCAAGCCCCCGUCACAGUCAGCAGUUCGUACGAGGUCGCAGCACAUUCCGACUCGCACAGCAGCGGGCUGGAAGCUGAGCUGGAGCACCUACGGCAGGCCCUGGACAGUGGCCUAGAUACAAAAGAAGCCAAAGAAAAAUUCCUCCAUGAAGUUGUUAAAAUGAGAGUGAAGCAGGAGGAGAAGCUCAAUGCUGCCUUGCAAGCCAAACGCAGCCUGCACCAGGAGCUGGAGUUCCUAAGAGUGGCUAAGAAAGAGAAACUGAGAGAAGCCACGGAGGCGAAGCGCAACUUAAGGAAAGAGAUUGAACGUCUGAGAGCUGAGAACGAGAAGAAAAUGAAGGAAGCCAACGAGUCUCGGAUACGACUGAAGAGGGAACUGGAGCAAGCCAGGCAGAUCCGGGUUUGUGACAAGGGCUGUGAAGCAGGCAGGCUCCGGGCCAAGUACUCAGCCCAGAUUGAGGACCUGCAGGUUAAGCUUCAGCAUGCGGAGGCUGACAGGGAGCAGCUCCGAGCUGACCUGAUGCAUGAAAGGGAGGCUCGAGAACACCUGGAAAAAGUAGUCAAGGAACUUCAGGAACAGCUGUGGCCUAAAUCAAGCAGUCAAGCCAGCAGUGAAAACACAAGCAGCACCAUUGAGAACUAA